AAACCAUCAAGAUGAAGUGGCUUUUUAUUUUGUCGUGUAUUGUGUUUGUUGAAAGUGCAAAAAACUUACCUUCGUUCGUCGAAGUAUGUCCCCGUGAUAAUAAGGGGGCAGCAGAAUGCUUAAAACGAAACGUAGAAAGCCUAAAACCAAGGCUUGCUAAGGGAAUACCUGAACUGUUUGUACCACCACUAGGGCCCCUUAUCUUACCGUCAGCUGAAAUUGCAUCAAGCAAAAGUUUUUCGAGUACUUUAAAAGAUGUUAGUAUCUACCAUUUAGACAACGUUAUAAUUCAUGAUUUGUUUAUGAAUUUCGACACCCAAUCAUUCGGCGUAGAUGCAAGUUUUCCGUCGAUAGGAGUUGAGGGUGAUUACAAAAUGAAUGGAAAACUUCUCGUACUUGAAUUAAACAGCGAAGGAAAGACUCGAGGAAAUAUGACUUCUUUUGUGGAAGUAUGUCCACGAGAUAAUAAGGAGGCAUCAGAAUGUCUAGCACGAAACGUGAAGAAUCUAACACCAAUGCUUGGAAAGGGAAUACCUGAACUUUUUAUACCACCACUAGCACCACUUUUCUUACAGUCAGCUCAAAUAGCAUCGAGUCCAAGUUUUACAUGUAGUAUAAAGAACGCUAAGGUCUACCAUUUGGAUAACUGGAUAAUUAAUAAUGUCUUCAUAAAUUUUGACACCAAAUCGUGGGGUGCAGACGUAACGUUUCCGGUGUUAGAAGUUGAAAGUGAUUACAAAAUGAACGGAAAAAUCCUUGUACUUGAAUUAAACAGCGAAGGAAAGUCGCGAGGAAAUAUGACUGAAGUCAAAACGAAUAUAUUUGUUUCAUUUGACGUAGUUACAAGAAAUGGUAAAGAACAUCUACAUAUUACAGACACAAAGAUAAAAAUGGACAUAGGAAAAUGCGGUUUUGAAUUCGAUGAUCUAUUUAAGGGCAACGAAGACCUUACUCAACGCGCGAAUCAAAUUUUAAAUGAAAAUUACCAAGUGCUUUUGGAAGAAUUUUCACCCGUUUUUGAAAAAAUAAUAGCCACUCUUACCGAGAAUGUCGUAGAAAGUAUAUACAAAAAAUAUCCUUUUGAUGUAUUAUAUCCAAAAAAGAAUUAACACGAAUAAAUAAUUUAUUAUGAGGAGAAGAAUUAAGAAAAUUUUAUGCGGGUUAGCUAAUGUUUAAUUUUUUAUUGGAAAAUAAAUAUUUUAAUAUUA